AAGUCAUUAUCUUGUAGGACCUUCGCGUAUGUUACACUAGGAUGCAAAAUCAAAAAAAUCACUUUGUUCUUUGUUGACAUCCAGAAGCAAAAAUUUUCAGUUUUUCGUUCAAACGAAGCAAAUUGCAAAGAUUGUUAUUUUCGCAAUAAAAAAAUUAAUUAGAUUAUCGCCUUGCUCGGUCCUUAUGUGCUAUCUAAAUGUCUGUGCUGGUUUCUCUGUGCUUGCUGAAGAUUGAGAUUGUCGACGACGUAAACACCACCAUGGACAGCGCCACGGAAGAAAAUGCAGCUGCUGGUGGCGGCGGUGCCGCAUCCGUUGACCAUCCCACCAAUCCUCGACUUCAGCGGGAUAUGCGCGGCCAGCGCAAGCCGAAGAAGAUCUCCAUCGAGAGUUACCGGAAUCGGUUGGAUUCGUCGUCGGAGCUGGCUGGGGAUGAGUCCCGCCACGUCGGAGUUCUGCCGAAGAGCUCUCGCGAGCAAACGCCAAUGGACGAGAUUGCCCCGGUACCGGCCGUGCAUCAGGAGUUCCCCGGGGAGAUCAACUUUUUCUCCGGCAAUCCGUUUGUGGAAGUCACCAAAGGAAUCCUGCAUCUCUUCAAGCGGAAUGAACGCGCCGACAUAACCGAUGGGCCAUCGAAAACGCUCUGUUUGAUUGCGGUUCCAUCGUCGCUCAAUUGCCACGACAUUCUGAACUUCAUUGCCCCGUGCCAUUCGGUGAUCCAGCAUGUGCGAAUUCUGCGGGACGGUUCGCCCAACCAGUUUAUGGUAUUACUCGAGUUUCGCAGCGUUGAAGCGGCCGUCGAGUUCUACCAAACUUUCAACGGAGCACCGUACAAUAGUUUGGAACCGGAUUCGCUGUGUCAUGCGGUUUGGGUUUCUGCGGUCGAGUGGGGCGAUGAUGGGAUCGCCCCGCAAGGUCACACCGAACUGCCCAUGUGUCCCGUCUGUCUGGAACGGAUGGACGAAAGUGUGGACGGAGUGUUGACGAUUCUGUGCAAUCACGCUUUCCACGCGGGAUGUCUAAUCAAGUGGGGCGACUCGACUUGUCCCGUGUGUAGGUGCAUCCAAACUCCAGAGCUGUCGGAGACUUCCGUCUGCAUGGAAUGUGAAGGAACGGAAGCUCUUUGGAUUUGCUUGAUCUGCGGACACAUUGGGUGUGGUCGGUAUCAGGGUGGACACGCCGCUUCCCAUUAUCGAGCCACCAAUCACACGUACGCCCUGCAGCUGGGAACAAACCGUGUUUGGGACUAUGCUGGGGACAACUUUGUACAUCGGCUGCUGCAGAGUAAAUCCGACGGGAAACUGGUUGCCACUCAGUCACCGGGCAAUGAUGGCGAUGAGAAGAUUGACUCGAUGCAGUUGGAAUUCACAUAUCUCUUGACGUCACAGCUGGAUGCCCAGCGGGAGUAUUACGAGGAGAAACUGAUGCGAGUGGAAGGGAGCAUCGUGGGUGAAAAACAGAAACUGGUACAGGAAGCAGAGGAGAUCAAAAAGAAGAAUGUUUCGUUGGAGGGCAAAAUUCAGGCGCUGAGCAAGGAAAAAACCAACCUGGAGAAGAAGAUCAAUCAACUUUCAGCUAAAAUGACAACGGUGCUCAAGGAGCUCUCGGAGGAGAAACAAUUCGGCAAGACGCUCCAAUCGAACCAGUCCUCGUGGCAGAUCAAAUUUUCAACCCUGGAGAAGAAAUGCACCGAAAAGGAGCAGGAGGUGUCCGAACUGAAGGAACAGGUUCGCGAUCUGAUGUUCUACCUGGAGGCUCAGAACAAAAUUGCCAAUUCAGAGCUAAAGGACGAAAUGGCGGGCGCAUCAGUUGAAAUCCCUAAAGCUGGAAAACGACGCACCAAAAAGAAAUAAUCACAUUUCUGAGAAAUGAAGUUACUCUGUAGAAUAUAAUAAUUUAUCUGAGUGUUAGUAAACGUUUCAAGAUUAUGCUUAGGACUCGAACCGAAGACGCUUUGGAAGCUGAUAGGCAACUCUUAGGUCAUGUGAUUCUGGAAUGCUGAUAACUUUUUUGCAAGUUGUGAAUGUGAUAUUACCUAUCGACAUACAAAAAUAAAACUUUCUGCUUGAA